AUGACGUCUCUACAACAAUGUUUUGUCAAAGAAGUCAUCGAGCAGGUCAAACUGAUUGAAGUCCUACCUUCUUCAGCUGAGAAUGACAACUGCGACUUGGGUGUUCAUGAGUUCUCGGACCUUGCAGGUCUGAGUUCCUACGUUGAAGAUGGGAGAGAAAGGGACUUCACUUAUCGCUUCAUAUCAAUAUGCCAACGCAACUCAUGGAGACCGCUGCAGAUCACCAAGCCUAUGAUGGAGCUACUCAUAGGCGGUCUUGAGCUAGGCGACUCCCUUUGGGAGUUGGCAUCAUGCUUUUACGUCCGCAACAUGGAUGUCGAAGAGGUGUUUUGCAUGCCUUUCACGGAGCGCAGGACUGGGUCGGUCGUCGAGGCGGCAUACACCAUUCGAUACCCCGAGUUCAAGCUGGAGAGCAACAAGUGGGUCAUUAGACAGACCGGUGUCUACCAUCGUACCAACUUCAAGACAAGCCAAAAUCUCUGCGUAUUGUUCAACCCGAUGCCCGGUGCGAAAGCAAGUCAAAAAGCUCAAGAGUGGCUGUUUGAUCAUUCCAGAAAUAGUGAUUUCGAACCACUAUGGCUGCACAGAGUUCUUCAUGAGACCUAUCUGCCGUCGUGGAGGUCAUACAUUGCUUACUUUGAGCGACAGUUCCUGCCUAUGGCGCUUACAACAUUUGCGACGUUCAUAGAGGAGCCAUCUACUCAAACGUCUAGUCAUCUCACGACACUGGCCAGACUUGAGAAUCGUUUUCUCCAGAUCCCAGCCAUCCUUUCUUCGUCAGAAGAUGUGCUUAAGGAGCUGUCUGAGCUGUGCAAGUUCGGGCAAAACGACAAGACCCAGGCUGCGGCAAGCCCAUCGUCUGUAGACUUUGAGAACUUCCGACGCCAAUGUGGUGCUUUCUCUCGAACGGCUUCCUACCUACAUCAACGAGCCCAGACGACAGCCCAACUCCUCGCCAACACGUUGUCUUUCCGAGAACAAUUAGACACAAGAAAGCAGAACGAGAACAUGCUAAACCUCAAUAAGUCGGUGGUCUUUAUUACUACUCUGACCUUGCUAUAUCUACCGCCAUCAUUCAUCGCUACCUUCUUUGGUAUGAACUUCUUCGACUUGGACGACGAGAACAACAGGAUUGUUAGCACAUCGAUGAUCUGGAUAUACGUCGUUGCUUCAGUAAUACUUACUGCUGCUACAUUCAUCAUCUACCACAUGCUCCUGGAGGGAGGUCCAUUUGGCAAGCGGAAGAUGGUCUUGCCCAAAGCGGGAGAAUGGAACCAGCUGAAGAUAUGGGUUCGGAAGAGAAGCACAUUUGCCGAGAAGAACGCCCUUACUGUUUGA